CCUGAAAUAGUGAAAUCCACCUGGACCUGCCAUGGACCCAGCGGAGGCUGCUGGGCUACGGCAGAUUUGGGAAGUGCACCCAUCACCGUAUGGCGUGCCGUACUACUUCAAUCCCAAGACCAAAGAGUCUCGAUGGUCCGUGCCCACUGGGCCAUUGGAUUUGGUGGUUCCUCCUGAAGAAGCCAAAGCAGAAGCUAAGCCCAAAAAGGUGGACUUGAAGCCAUUGGACGUGGAAUGUAUUUCAAGCUCUUGCUCCAGUACCUCAGAUUCUGAUGAAGUCCAAGGCACUGCAGCUGAGCGCGCCAAGCAAAAGGUAGAGAACUUCAAGACAUUGUUGCAGGAGAAAGGCCCAGGGUUGGAUUGGCCAGGUCCUUACUUCCUUGCCAGUGAUUGAUCUUGUGUUCAGCCAAUUGCAUUAAUAUAGUUCCAUUCAUGAAGCACCCUGUAGGGGCCCAAGCUUACGACUCCUACGAAAGCUGGCUUCCUCGCUUGCUGGGGGAUGCUCGUUUCAGGGCCAUCCCAAAAAGCCAACGAAAGAAGCUUUUUCAGAGCCUGGUGCAGAGCUUCGGGGCUGGGCAGAGAAAGCUUGAAGCGGAAACCCGGCGGCAAAACCGGGAAGGCUUCCUGCAGCUGCUGCAGCAUGCGGACUUUGCAGACUUGCCGGUAGAUUCUGUGCAAGGAGCACUUACCAAGUUGGAGGCCCACUUUGGCCAAGAUCCAAGAUGGUCAGCAGUGUCUGCCCAUGAGCGACAACGCCUGGUUGAGUCCAGAAUUGCCGAGAAGCAGAUGGUCCAAGCAGGGGAAGAAGAGAAGGCGUGGCGCGCUUUUAGGGCAUUGCUUUUGGAGACUGUUUUCUUGCAGUUUCCUGCCGACAACCAUGUGCCCAGCUUCGAAGAGGUUAGCCAGACGUCAGUAGCUUCACAGCCCAGAUGGACUGCCCUUGGCGAGCCAAAGCGACGGGAGAUUUACCAGGCCUUAGCCCAGGAGCGUGCGAAGAGAUGGGCCAGGGAAAGGCGGCAAGAAACUGAAGAAGAAGAUGACUUACUGGAGAAGCGAAAAAGAAGCCGCUUGGUUCUGGCAGAGGAGGAUUUCCGCAGCUUGUUGGAGCGAAAGGUGAAGAGCCCCCUGGAGUUCAGCUGGAAGGAGGUCACCAUGUUGCUGGAUGGGGAAAAGCUACCAGAUCUGGAUGAGGUAGACCUUGAGACUAUUUUCAAUCAGGUUCGCACAGAGGAUCUGGAGCGCCGAUUGGCCAUGUUCUCCAGCACCUUGCUGCGCAACGAGAAGGUGACCAUGGAAAUGUCCAUGGGCGAGGUCAUUCAGACUUUGGAGAUGCAGGAGCACCUUCGUGCUGUUCCUGAGAAUCUCCUGAAAAAGAGCUGGGAGGACUGGCGGCGUUUCCGCCUCACAGAAGCGCUGGAGGCUUUUCGCAGCUGGUUGCGUGAGAGUCCAGAACUGGCAGAGACGAACCGUUUGGAUGAAGACGCAGUGCAGGAAUUAUGUACGAGGCUGAAGCCAGACAUUCGAUUUCGUCGUUUGGAUUUGUUUCCUUCCCAGCGCAAAAGACUCAUCAUGGACCGCUUAAAGGAGAUCGCAGAAGAGAAGCUGCAGUUGUCGCGUUCUGAUUCCGAUGGAGGCUGACCGGAAAAAGGUGUGCUCCCGGGUGCAGCAAGCAAUUUUGCAUGACUCUGACGAGGUUAGCCAGGCUACAGCACCAUUUAUACUUCUGUCUACAUCCGAUUCUAUUCUACUCUACUCAUUUCCCUUGUAUUCAUAAAUGGCACAUAAUAUAUCGGU